AUGCUCCCGGGUCCGAGCCUCCCGCGGCGGCGGCCCCGCCGGCCCCCGCAGCCUCCCACUCAACUGCUCUGGCAGAUGAACGCCGAGCUCUCCCCUCAGCCGCCGCCGCCCUGCCUGUGGAUGGUGCCAAGCUCCGGGGGGCUCUUGCGGCUGGCAUCUGGGGUUGUGCCCCCGCCUCUGCUGCUGCCCUCGCCCCCCCAGCCGCCGCCACCACUGCUUCCUGGGGUGCCCGGUUGGCAGGUGCCCUGCGAGCCCUCCUUUCUCCCGCUGGUUCCUGUGCCCUCAGCGGCGCCCGAUCCCCCAGCGCCUCAGUACCCCUUGCUGAACGAGCAGUGGAUGCUUGGAGCUCAGUCACCUGUGAUAGGAUUUUCUCCCUCUUCUAAUGUGGAUUUGAUCCCUAUUUUCCCCCAUGUAUAUACUUCUGCUCUUCCACCUCCUGUAGGGAAAAGUUGGCUAGACAAGAGGAUGCCCAACUGUAAGAUAUAUUUAAAUAACACAUUUGCUCUGGACUCUACUUGGAUACAUCCUGAGGAAUCAAGAUUGUUUCAUGGACAUGAAAAGCCACAUUUAAUGACAAACCAGGUGGCUGUGGCUGUAUCUAGGCCAGCCCCUGCCUCCAGGCAUCUCCCCACAGUGGUGUUAGCACCUCAGCCUAUACCAGCGGGAUGUCUAAAUGGCCUUAAGCAAGUUGGCAGUCAUCCGACCAUUGCCAUCACAUCAACAGCCAUGGUCUCUGUAGAGCCCGAAGGCCUUCGGGGACCUUCAGCUUCCACUGUGCAGCCAUGCCAUUUGCUGACACUGGCGCCCAUCAAAAUCCCUCUGCUGACAGCCCCCUUCUCAGGAUCUGCAUCUCAGGUGGAGAGUCACCUCAUGCCUCUGCUACCUGCUCAGGUCACGAGAGUCACUGCUGUGGCUACACCUGCGGUGACCUUCAUGACUGCCGAUCUAAUGGAACAGGCAUCACCAGAUAAUGGCAGAGAGCCUGGAAGAUCCUCUUGUCCCCCAACGCUGAUCUUACACACAGAGAGACAGCUUCCAGCUCAAGACAACGAGGACAAGGACCCUUCACUGCUAAUACAUGGAGAUGAGAGCUCACCCAGAGGCAAUAAACCUGUGGCAUCCACGCCUGUCCCAGGAUCACCUUGGUGUGUAGUCUGGACUGGUGAUGACCGAGUUUUCUUCUUCAACCCAACAAUGCACCUCUCUGUAUGGGAGAAGCCAAUGGACUUGAAGAACCGAGGAGAUCUUAACCGGAUCAUAGAGGACCCACCACAUAAGCGCAAGCUGGACGCUUCAGCAACAGAUAAAAGUGAUGGAUCUGAUGCAGAAGAUGAAAGUGAAGACCAAAGUGUGAAAACAAAGAGAAAUAAACUCGAAAGUCCUCAGAACAUUGAGCUAGAGAAGAUUGAAAAGGAAGAUCAAGCCCAGAACACUCCUCCACCUCUUCCUCCACAUCAGAUCCUCCUUCCAUUAGAAGAGCGAGCUACCCACUUCCGAGACAUGCUUCUGGAAAGAGGGGUGUCAGCAUUCUCCACUUGGGAAAAGGAACUGCACAAAAUCGUAUUUGACCCGCGUUAUCUGCUCCUCAAUUCUGAUGAGCGCAAACAGAUAUUUGAACAGUUUGUCAAAACCAGAAUAAAGGAAGAAUAUAAGGAAAAGAAAAGUAAGUUACUGCUGGCCAAAGAGGAAUUCAGAAAACUCCUAGAGGAGUCCAAGCUGUCUCCCAGAACAACAUUCAAAGAGUUUGCUGAAAAAUAUGGCCGAGAUCAGAGGUUCCGGCUUGUUCAGAAGAAGAAAGACCAAGAGCAUUUUUUCAACCAGUUCAUAAUGCUCCUUAAAAAGAGAGACAAAGAAAACAGAAUCAGACUCCGCAAAAUGAGAUAAGAGUCUGCAGGAAGGAGCUGCCAUCGCCCCCAGCUCAAUCCUGUGGCUUCCUGGGGAGCGGAGGUGAGAGUGAGCUUCUGGGUGAAGAUUUAGUCCUGGAGCAGAGCCCAGCACUUCUGGAGGAAAACCUUUGAGCCUCAAGCCUGCCGGGGACCUUCUCUCCCAGGCCCAGGGGGACUUCCGGAUCUCAAAGGAUCGCUGUUUCAUAUUGAAGCUCUCUUUUGUACAACAUUCAGCGUCUGAUGUAUUUCUAAUUGCCAUGAUAUGUCAAUCCCUUAAUUGUUUUAAUUAUGCAAAUAUCUUGUAAUAUACACAAAUUAUAAAUCCAAUGCAGAUUUGUAAUUGAGCAGAAACAGAUGCCAUCUCUGCCAUUCUCCAGACUCUCUUAACCUUUGUUUGAAGAGUGCUUUGCAUCCACAUAUGUUCUUGGGAAAGACGGCCGCGCUCUUGGGCCUCCAGGACUCCGACGUUCAUAGGUCGAUGUCUCAUUUUCUGAGUAGUCGUCUUAGCAUCUUAGUUAUUAAUCACAGUGAUGAGCGUGUCAGUCUUGACGUAUGCACCUUGAACAACAAUGGCAGUUUACAGGUGAUGCCUGUCCCAUUAUUCUGAAAGGUGCUUUCAAGCCCAGAGAGGGAAACAAAACCAUCCUUUGGAUUUCUUGUUUAAAAUAAUUUUAAAAUGAGUUAUUUUGUAAAAAAAAAAAUCAUCA